GCCGGCUGUAGAGUGACUACACAUCACAUAUCAGGAGCUAACUAAGCUAACAGCUAGGUAGCUAACGCUAGGCUAAAAGGCUGCUAACGAGUGACAUGUAGUCAACUUUACACUCAAUGAGGGAGCUUCCAGAGUGACUGGGACAUGGAGUUAAGAAAAAUGAAGGACCAGGUGUUCCGGCCAGGAUUCCUGCAGUCAAAGUCUCCAUUGGUCCAGGCUAUAUUCAGCCGAAAUGCAGAAGAAGUGACAUUUUUGUUAAACGCUAAUGAAGAUGUCAAUUCACUGGACCAAGACCAAAGCACGGCGCUUCAUGCUGCUGCUUAUUUGGGCGAUGUUCACACUAUGGACCUGCUAAUAACUUCAGGUGCAACUGUCAAUGCCAAGGACCAGGGUUUGCUGACUCCUUUACACAGGGCAGCUGCCUCUCGAAAUGAAAAAGCCGUUGAGCUUCUACUAUUGCACAAAGCAAAGGUCAACACACAGGACAAAUAUAGGCAUACACCUUUACACAUGGCAGCUGCAAAGUGGGCCACAGGCUGCGCUAAAGCUCUGAUACCACACGUGCGCAGUCUGGAUGUUGCUGACAAGUCAGGAAGGACACCACUGCAUCAUGCAGCACACAGCGGUCAUGUAGAGAUGGUAAACUUGCUCCUCAGUAAAGGUGCCAAUGUGAAUGCCAAAGAUGAGAACGAAAGGCAGGCAAUCCACUGGGCUGCAUAUCUGGGACAUGUGGAGGUUUUGAAGCUGCUUCGUUCACAAGGUGCCGACGUGAUGUGCAAAGACAAACGUGGCUACACUCCGCUCCAUGCUGCAGCUGUCAGUGGACAGUUAGAGGUGGUCAAAUAUCUCUUGAGACUGAUGGUCGAGAUUGAUGAACCUAACAUUUUUGGGAACACAGCGCUGCACAUGGCCUGUCACACGGGGCAGGACGCUGUGGCCACUGAGCUGGUGAACUGUGGUGCCAACAUCAAUCAGCCCAAUCGCCACGGCAGCAUGCCGCUGCACCUGUCAGCCGCCUCCUCCAGCGGGGUGCUGUGUCUCGAGCUCCUCAUCAACAACGGUGCCGAUAUCAACGUUCAGAAUAAAGAAGGGAAGAGCCCUCUGCAUAUUGCUGCUAUGUACGGGCGCUUCACAGGCUCACAGAUUCUAAUCCAAAAUGGGGUUGAGAUUGACUGUGCUGAUAUGUUUGGAAACACUCCUCUUCAUGUUGCGGCCAGAUACGGUCAGGAGUUGCUGAUCAGCACUCUGCUGACUAACGGUGCGGAUAAGAACAGACAGGGCAUUCAUGGGAUGCUUCCACUGCAUUUGGCGGCGCUCCACGGAUUUCCAGACUGUUGUCGAAAGUUACUAUCCAACGGCCAGUUUUACGUCAUGCCGUCUCAGCUUCCAUCAGCUGGGGAUGAUCUAAACAUUUUAGAUGACCAGGGAAGGACCUGUCUGCAUGCAGCUGCUUCUGGAGGAAAUGUUGACUGUCUCAACUUGCUGUUGAAUAGUGCUGCUGCUGAACUAGAUGCCAAAGAUAAUUUGGGAAGAUCUUCUUUGCAUUAUGCUGCAGCUAACGGGAACAGCCAGUGCACAAUCUCCCUGGUGAGAGCCGGCGCCGAGGUCAAUGAGCUGGAUCUGACAGGCUGCAGCCCUCUGCACUACGCCGCUGCUUCACACACCUUUUGUGGGGAAUCAAACUCUGAGCCCGAACUCUGUGAUGAAAAGCAACAGGAAGCCUCACUGUGUUUAGACUUCUUACUUGAAAACGGAGCAAACCCGACUCUGAAGAACAGUAAGGGUUAUAGUGCCGUCCACUAUGCAGCAGCUUAUGGGAAUAAACAGCACCUGGAACUGCUCCUCGAGAUCUCGUUCAACUGUCUAGAAGAGGUUGAAAGUAAUAUUCCAGUCAGUCCUUUGCACUUAGCUGCGUAUUAUGGUCACUGUGAGGCACUGUGCUUGCUUUGUGAGACACUAGUGAGUCUGGAUGUGCGGGACAUUGAGGGCAGAACUGCCCUCCACCUGGCUGCCCAGAGAGGUUUUUCUGCGUGUGUGGAGGUGCUGCUGAGGCACAACGCCUCCUACACACUGAAGGAGCACAAGCGCAAGUGGACGGCUCUCCAUGCUGCAGCUGCUGAGGGCCAAAUGGACUGCCUGCUGUUAUUGGUCAGUGGGGAACAAAGUGCUGACCUCAUCGACAGUCCAGACACACAGGGACAGACGGCUCUCAUGCUGGCAGCGCUGGGACGUCACACCGACUGUGUCCACAUCCUGUUGGAAAAAGGAGCAAAGGCAGAUGCUGCCGACAAAAAGGGCUUCACUGCGCUACACCGAGCUGGCAUUUUGGGCAGUGAGGACUGUGCAUCUGCUCUGUUGGAACAUGGGGCCUCGGCUCUUUGUAGAGAUUCUCAGGGAAGGACCCCGCUGCACCUCGUAGCGUCCCGCGGGCACACAAAGCUACUUGGAACUUUGCUAAAGGCUGCUAUGAAAGCUGACCCUCUAGACUCCAUAUUGGACUUCAACGGCUACACACCCACCCACUGGGCCGCCCACCACGGACAUGAAGGAUGUUUACACAUUUUACUUGAAAACAAACCUUUUAGCAACCAGGAGGGAAAUCUCUUCACCGCAUUACACUGUGCUCUAGUUAAUGGACAUGAUGUUGCUGCUGGACUUCUGGUUAAGACUGGGGGUCCAAAACUUGUUAACAUUAGUGAUGCCAAAGGAAGGACAGCGCUGCAUGCAGCUGCUUAUUCAGGCAAUGUCCCUGGGCUCCAGCUGGUCCUGGCCCAGGGAGCAGAAGUCAAUGCUGUGGAUCAUUGCGGAUGCUCUGCUUUGAUGGUUGCUGCUGACUGCGGACAGACGCUGGCUGUUGAGUUCCUGCUCCACAAAGUGAAGCCUGACCUGACCCUGGUGGAUGUCAAUAAUAACACUGCCCUUCACUUAGCCUGCAGCAAGGGUCAUGAGAUGUGUGCCCUGUUGAUCCUCGGCGAGAUCAGCGACUGCUCCCUCAUAAAUGCGACCAACGGCGCCCUCCAAAUGCCCCUUCACAUUGCAGCGAGGAAAGGCCUGGCAACUGUAGUGCAGGUGUUAUUGGGCAAAGGAGCUGCAGUCAUGGCUUUAGAUGAGGAAGGCCACACUCCGGCUCUGGCAUGCGCCCCAAACAAGAAAGUGGCAGACUGCCUGGCGCUGAUCCUCUCCACCAUGAAGCCUUUCCCACCCAGAGAGGCCGACGCUGGUACGGCCUCCCAUUUCAACACCAUUCUGAAGAAGUACGGCAUUGCAGCCCCCUGCGGGUCCAGCGGUAACCUUUGUCAUGCUUAAGUUACCACAAUCAAGGGUGUUUGACAGAGUGAAAUCUUAUCCCAGUGCAGCCCAAAGUGUCCACGCAGAACCACGCAUACACGUGUUCAUGAACAUGUGUGUGCGUGUGUGUGUCAUGCAUUUCUUCUUUUCUUGCGUGUGGUUACAUUUAAACAUGUGUCAUAUGCAUGCACCUCCAAGUGGUCAUGCCCCAGUAGCAUCGAUUGCUUUCUUUAAACGUAGUCUUACACACUACUAAUAUUAGCAGGCCCCUUAGAUUGUCUUCUCUUUGAGUGCAGGUUAGCACACAUUAGUUCUACUAACCAUUGUAAAAUAAAGGAAGUUGUAACAUGCGCACAGUAGACAAGCCUCUCCACUUGAACCCCGUCCGCUGUCAGUAUUUUGGCUUGAUUUCUCAUUUACCGACUAAGCCUGAAAUCAUCCAUGUUCGUCUUCAGCUGAUGCAAGAACACGAACGCUGGGAUGAUCGAGUGUUUUUCAUAUACGUGUGUCCGCAAGAGAUAUUUUGCGUAAUGGAAAUCGCUGGUGCUUUAAACCUUAUAUGCAAUUAAUACGACUCUAUUUUUCUAUCCAGUCAAGAAGCAGACGGUUCAUCUGAUAUAAAUAACCUUAUUAUUCAAAAUAUGAUCAUCAUUUAAAAUGUUUCACAGGCGUGUGCAUAGCAGUAGAUGUAUAGUUUACAGAGUCUAGUAUAUAUGAAAAUCAAGCUAACAUUUUAUGUGUAAUAUCCAAAAUGAUUAAAAAUUAACCUCAGGUCACCACAUACUGUACUGCGGGUGCAAUAAAAAGUACAUUUUGAGCUGCAAGUUCCAUGACAAAUGUAUUACAGGGCGUAUCAUGUUUCUGUUAAACGAGCCAGAGAAUAAAACAAACAACUGAAAGGGCAAAUUAAUACAAUAUUUAUGUUGAUAUGAAGAGUUUUAAAAAGCAAAUGUAUUUUUUCACUACAUCACUGAAGCUAAAGUUUAAUAUUGUAUUAAUAAGCUGAUUAUUGUUCAUCUUUAUUAUUCAUACCACAACCCAAGUUUCAAGAGCCCAAGAUGGUGUAUUUCAAUUGCUCGUUUUGUUUGUUCUGAACCGCAGUCUAAAACCAAAGAUGUAAUUUAAACAGCAAAUCCUUCAUGGCUUGGAAAGUGAAUCCAGGAAAUAUCAAUUAGUUAAAUGUAAAUGAUUAAAUGGUCAAUUAAUUUUCAAUUGAUAAACAAGUCAAUUCAUUGUUUAAGGGACACUUUUUUCUUUUUUUUUAGUUGCUAUAAUGUCAGUGUGCAAUUAAAUGAAACGUCAAACUCCUCAAGUCUGAUACCAGUAACAAUCUAUGUGAAACACUACAGACUGAAAGCAUUGUGUGUCUAGUAAACCUGUAACAUUCUAUGAUUGAAAGAAGACAAACUGGCAACACCCACAUGUUUUUCUUUUUUUUUUAACCAGUUUUUCACUUCCAUUAGCACAAUGGUACAAAGAUGUUUCUGCAUCUCUUGCUUGAGACACUAAACGUUUAUCAUUUUACAACCUGAACUGUAUUCGCACAGACUGACAUUUUCCUCUUUUGCUAAUUGAUUUUUUUUUUUUUCACUAGUAAUACCUUCUAUCAUUUUAAAAUGGCUUUAAGCUAUUUGCACUCUUGAGAAAAGUUUACAUUUUACUGUAAGAUGUCCUUCUUAGGUUUAUGCAAGAAUAUACCAUUUUUUUUUUAAUGUAUUUUAAAUCUUUUAACUUUAAAAGCACCAAUAAAUGCUAAAAUCUGAGUCGGUUUGAGUGUCCUUACUUGUUUCAUUGGAAGAAGUAAUUUGGGAGAAAACAACUUUCAUUGACCUUUAUAGAUAUUUGUCUUGAAGUGCUCUGUUGCAGCUUUUCAUGUGAAAAAAACUUUCCUCUGAAAAUUUUACUGCGAUUUCGGGAUGUAACUCCCAACUUGAAAACAAUGAGUUGUAAAUGGCCUUCAUGUGACACAAAAACAAUAAAUC